GUCGAACACGAAAAAACUGGCGAUGUUUUGAUUUCUUUUGAUUUCCGCAGAAAUUUUUUUCGUUCGAGAAACAAACAAGGCGCGCUCCGUGUUGCGGUUGAAAAAUACAUAUUGCGGGCAUCCAGAUUUUCGGACUGUCAUAGUCUCGCGAAAUUUCGGAAUUUUCUGUGAUUCUUCAAAGUAUUGCUGGAAAAGGGAGAAACCGAAAUAGAGCGGAAAUAGUUAAUAACAAAGUGCGUGAGCUUUUUAUUAUUGUUUUUUGCGUGCGACCGAGGGACUUACCCCAGUGUGUGUGUGUGCAUCUCCCUUGUUUUUGCGGCUGUGUAGGUCAAGGUGAAGCAGCUGCACCGUUAGUUUCCACCCAUUGAGUGCCUAACAGAAAGUGCAACUUAAUGUGGCAGCAGUAGCAACCUGCAACAACGUCGGCAGCAGCAACUCCAGAUUGUGCAACCUGCAUCAACAACAACAACAACAACAGCGAGACGGCUAAGUGCCGACCACCCAUUUACCCCAAACCUAAAACGCCCUCGUUCGACAAGGAUCGGGAUUACAUAGGCUUCGCCACCCUGCCGGAGCAGGUGCACCGGAAGUCGGUGAAGCGGGGCUUCGAGUUCACCCUGAUGGUGGUCGGCGAGUCGGGGCUGGGCAAGUCCACCCUGAUCAACAGCCUCUUCCUGGGCGAUCUCUACAAGAACCGGCAGAUGCCCAACGUGGAGGAGCGCAUCGAGAAGACGACGAAGGUGGAGAAGAAGACGAUGGACAUCGAGGAGCGGGGCGUGCGGCUGCGGCUGACGGUGGUGGACACCCCGGGCUUCGGGGAUGCCAUCAACUGCGAGGACAGCUGGCGGGUGUGCACCCAGUACAUCGACGAGCAGUUCCGCCAGUACUUCACCGACGAGAGCGGACUCAAUCGGCGCAACAUCCAGGACAACCGGGUGCACUGCUGCCUCUACUUCGUCCCGCCAUGGGGCCACAGCCUGCGACAGAUGGACCUGGACCUGAUCCGCCGGCUGCACCGCAAGGUGAACAUCGUGCUGGUGAUCGGCAAGGCCGACUGCCUCAACAAGCAGGAGGUGCGCAAGCUGAAGGAGCGCAUCCUGCAGGACCUGGAGGACAACCACAUCCAGCUGUACCAGUUCCCCGAGUGCGACUCCGACGAGGACGACGACUUCAAGCAGCAGGACCGCGAGCUGAAGGCCUCCAUCCCGUUCGCCGUCGUGGGCAGCAACACCAUCCUGGAGGUGGCCGGCAAGAAGGUGCGGGGUCGCCAGUACCCGUGGGGCGUGGUCAACGUGGAGGACCCGGAGCACAGCGACUUCAUCAAGCUGCGCACCUUCUUGAUAUCCACGCACAUGCAGGACCUCAAGGACACCACGCAGGACGUGCACUACGAGAACUUCCGGGCGCAGUGCAUCUCGCAGAUCUCGCAGCACGCGCUGCGCGAGCGCGGCAAGUUGAAGCGGGACUCGAUCAGCUCGACCAACGGCUUCGACGCGGCCAUCUCGGAGACGGACAGGCUGCUGCUGCAGAAGGACGAGGAGAUCCGGAGGAUGCAGGACAUGCUCACCCAGAUGCAGGAGAAGCUCAAGCAGACCCAUCUCAUGGAGAUGAAGAAGAACGACAGCGUGAUCGACGUCUAGGGCACGGGGCAGCGGGAACGUGUUCCAUGUCGCACCGCAAUCUAGGGCCCACAUGGUGACCCAGAGACACCCUGGAGCAGCUGCAACCAAAUCGACUUGUUCAUAAGCUAGCACAGACUUUUUAAGCAACCACAUUGGGUAAACCAGAGGAUAGAACCAAAAUUAAGACAACGACUCCCCGAAGCACAAGGAAAUCGGACAGCGGAGAACUCCAGAACGUCGGACACCACAGCCCUUUUCCAUUUUUGUAGCAAAAGUAACGAUUUCUUUUAGGACUAACGACUUAGUGGAACACAUCUAACUUGAGCAACUAGCUACUGAUCGAGCGAUACGAUACCGAUAUUAUACCAAAGUUUAGGGAGUUUCAAAAACGUAACGCAAGUAAAUUUUUAAUGGAAGCAGAGGCACAUAGAGGAACCCCCGCGGAGGAGGACAUAGGCAACCCAGGAAAAGGUUAUAUUUAUUUCAAAGGAUUCCCCUUGAUUUGUACCAUUCGGAUUUGAUUUGGGCCUCGAGGAGCGAGCCGGAGGGAAGCGAAUUACGAGCAGUUUGCUUUAAUUAUGUGUAAAGAACUUAUACCAUUUGUAUUGUAAGGAUAUAUCAGAUCGGGCGAUUUAUAUAGACAUAUGUAUGUGUAGGACAGACCGCUGGAGGUUUCGGCACUGAAUGCAUCCACGAGGCGACUUUCAGCAAGUUCCAAUUAUUUACGCUAAUUACGUAUUAUCAGAUACACCUACGAACAAAACCUAUUUUGUUGAAACGAAUUGUUAAUGAAUUUAUUUUAAACUAAUCGAUUAAGCCUUCACGCAACAACCAUAAUAUUUAAAUGAAAUUAUAGUCGAAAAAUUAUAUAUAAACAUAGCGAUUGCUAAAAUCAAUUUCAAAUAAAGAUAAAACAACUUA